AUGUUUCCUCCAGAAAGAUCGAUCCUGUUCGGAGUGCAGCGACUUGCUGAUUCGCCCGCCUGGCAACGCCACUUGCAGGGCAAGUUCUUUCCACCGAAGAUGCCCUGUCAAGAUAGGCAUCUCGAAGCCGCCAUAGCGUGUGGCAUUUCAACUCUGGGGCUUCCAAUCUGUAGCCGGCAGGUAGGGUACAUGAGGAGGAAGAGUCAAAAAGACACGCACACAGGGGGGUCAGUCUGGAAAUGA